CCUAAAGAAGAAUCUAAGGAAGAACCUAAGGAAGAAGUCAAAGAUGAAUCUAAAGCAGAAAGUAGCCAAGAACCAAUUACCAAAGAACCAACCGAGGAAUCAACUCCUGUUGAUUCUGAAGUCAAAGAUGAUUCUGAACCUAAAGAUGAAGCUCCUGAAGCUAAACAAUUUGAUCUUUCUCAGUUUUUCAAUAAAUUAAAUAAUGUUGGUACUAUUGAAAAUGCUUUUGACUUCGAAUAUCCUUAUCCAUAUGAUGCCGUCAGUUCAAGAUGGAAGAAAGGUAAUAAGAAAUAUAGAUAUGAUCCACAAUUUUUACUUCAAUUUGGUGAAGUGAUUUCUUACCCAGUUGAUGAAGCUUGGAAAACUAAGUUAGAAUCAUUGGGUAUUACCACCAAGAAAGGUCCAGGCUCUAUGGGCGACCGUUCUCAAUCUAUGAGAGGUGGUCCAAAUAAAUUUAAUUCCGGAUUACCAGGUAGAUUCAAUGGUCCAAUGACUGGUGGUAGAAAUGGACAAUUUGGUGAUGGUAGACAAGGUUCAAGAAGUGGCUCUAAAAGAAGAGGUGGCUCUGCUCCAGGUGGUAUUCCACUUAAUGGUCCUCGUGAUAGAUCUUCUAGAAAAGGUGGUCAAUCAAAGAGAGGUGGAAGAGAUAACACUCGUGAAAGAGGUGAAGAUGCUGAACCUCCAAAACCCGCUGAAGAUGUUAAACCAUUAGAAAAAUCUUCAAAUAGAUGGGUUCCAAAAUCGAGAGCUAAAAAGACUGAAGUUAAACUUGCACCUGAUGGAUCAGAAAUUCAUGAUGCUGAUGAGAUUGAAAAGAAGACUAAAUCUUUAUUAAAUAAAUUAACCUUAGAAAUGUUUGAACCAAUCACUGAUGAAAUCUUGAAAUUAACAAACCAAUCUAAAUGGGAAGAUGAUGCUAAGACAGUUAGACAAAUCAUUUCUCUCACUUUCGCUAAGGCUUGUGAUGAACCAUAUUGGUCAUCAAUGUAUGCUCAAUUAUGUGCUAAGAUGUGUACUACUCUCCCAAGUGAAAUUAAAGAUGUAAACACUGUUUUAAAGGAUGGUAGUCCAGCUCAAGGUGGUGCUUUAGCAAGAAGACUUUUACUUGCAACUUGUCAAGUUGAAUAUGAAAAAGGUUGGGUUGAUAAAUUACCAACUAACGAAGAUGGUUCACCAUUAGAACCAGAAAUGAUGUCCGAUGAAUAUUAUGCUAUGGCUGCUGCUAAGAGAAGAGGUUUAGGUUUGGUUAAAUUUAUUGGUCAUUUAUAUAUUUUAAAUAUGUUGAAUGAUCAAGUUAUUUUACAUUGUUUAAGAUCUCAAUCUCAAAAUGUUGUUGAUCCAUCAGAAGAAAGUUUAGAAAAUUUGGCUCAAUUAAUUAAAACCGUUGGUCCAAAAUUCGAAACAAAUGAAAGAAAUAAAGCUGCAUUAAAUAUGGUUUUCGAAAACAUAAAAAUCAUUUUAGAUAAUUGUAAACUUUCAUCAAGAAUUAAGUUUAUGUUAAUGGAUUUACAAGACUUAAGAGCUGCUAAAUGGAAAUCUGCUAAAGCUGAAUCAGGUCCAAAAACUAUUCAAGAAAUUCAUAAUGAAGCUGAAAUCAAAAAGCUUGAAGAAGAAAAAGCUUCCGCUGAAAGAAAGAGAAGAAAUAGAGAUUAUUAUGGUGGUGAAUCAAGAAAUAACUCUACUAGAGGUGGUUCAUCAUGGGGUGCUCAAACUUCUGUUCUCAGAAGAGAAAAUAAUAGAGAUAGACAACCUUCAAAAGAUGCAAAAGGUUUUACUUCAGUUUCAAGAUCCCAAUCAAAUAGACCAACCCCUGAUUCAAGUUUUUCACCAUCAACUGUCUCUUCACCAAGGGAUAAUUCAAAAAGAAAUGAUUCCACUGCAUCUAGAAGUAAUAUGUUUGCUGCCUUAGGCGGUGAU